AACUUCUUGUAGGCAGGAGCAAUACAGUACCUAGGCCAUUAGACAUUGUUUACAAUAAUCGAAUCCCGUACACAUUUUUAGCUAUGGGGCUAAUCUCAUCAGUUUAUUGCUGGUCGAGAAAGUAUUUCGGGGAACUAAAAGAAUCUUACAUAUCCGCGGAACUCAGUGACGAUUCCCCCAUAUACGAGUCUUUUGGCUAUGAUGCCCGACAAUAUCUAACUCAAAAGCUUUUAAAAAACCGAAUGGAAGAAUUUAACGUGCGCAGAAACCCAAUUAUACUACCUAAAGAAACAACAAUGGAAGAAUCCAAAAGUUUCUUAAAGCCUAUUAUCUUCAUUAAUAUCGACAUAUCGCCUACACAAAUCCAGACUGUUUUAAAGUACCUAGAUAAAGGUAGACAAGUUGGACAGAAGCAAAAUUUUGAAUGGUAAUGGUGAUAGGCCGCAGAAUAUCUUUUAUCAGAAAAUUCAAACUAAGUUUUGCUUCGUUGUAUAACAGUAAUAUGCAACCAUUGAAUAGCUUCAUCGACCAAUCACAAUUAUACCAAAGGCCAGUACUACACAUAUCAAAUAGGCUAAAGUUAGGUUUAGAAAAGAUUUUUGGUGAUUAUCUUCAAUUGUACUCAAGUUACAAAAGAAAUGUGAAAAAAAAAUUGCCAGUGAGCCCAGCAUCCAAAUUACUUGGCAGGGCUUUCCAAAAUACGCGGAAGAGGAGUUCUUUAAGCAGUGAUGAAAGGAUAAAAUCAAGCAAAAAUCGGCUAAAGAGAAUUAGAAAUUUAUUUGUUUCCUUGGAUCCAAACUUAUUUAAAGAGCUUAUGGCAAACUUUGAAAUGGACGAUCUUUUUGCGUCAAAGGAUGAAUCUUGUGGUUCGGAUAGCAAGUUAUUUACUACAUGCCAUCCAGGUUACAUGUAUUUUUUUAUGAUCACAUAUCUGCACUGUCUCAACAAGCAGAUAGAGGAAAAAUUAGAAAGUACUGUAGUAUCAAAUUGGAGAGCCAACAGCAUUUGGUAUGGCGUCUCUAUGAAUAAAAGCAUAUUGGACACUGUGUUCGGCUCAAUAACAAAUUUGGAAAAGUCUUUCUUUGCAAGCGGAAUACUCAUGAAGGACGACGAACUUCGAAAAGCAAAAUUCUGCACCCGUGGUGAAGAAAUUCUACCAGCUAUCCAACCCAAGUAUCUACAUUUGGACUUUAGGUUGAAAUCAUACUUUGUUGUUGCACAGAUAUCUUCAAAGCAUAUUCAACUUAGUUUGCAUCAAGUGGUCAAACUGGCAUCACCUGGAGAAGAUCCAGCGUCCAUCAUUAUUCAGGAUGAAAUAAUACAUAUCGAUGAUGUAUAUGAUACACUUUGUAAGAGUAUUAUGAAGAGCCUACAAAUCAAUUGUCAAGUUGACUAUUGUACCACGCACAAGAACGGGGAAGAUAUACAAUAUGAUUUUCAGUCAUUUGGGAUAUAUAGCAAUAUUUAUCGAAAUUUAAGACCAUGCGUUGUUGAACUUUUCGAAAAAAACAAAUCAAAUUUGGACAUGGAUUCCAAAAUACAGCUGGAUAUCAACACGAAAUGUGGUUGCAGUAUAAGCAUAUUUCUUCGUGAUAUUAUUGAAGUAAGCCUUAUGUCAGUGAUAGAAAGUAUGGCAACAGAUAUAGUGGCUUCUUUGACCAACAAGAGACUAUUUGGAGACAAUAUACCGAAUUACAUUUUCGUAUUUGGAGAUCCGUUCAAUCUGGGGCAGGGUUCGAAGAUCCACAUCGCAUACACCAUGAUUAUGCAAAAAGCGAUUGAUGGCGGUGUAUAUAUGAAAGAAAAAGAUACAAAGAUAUUUGCACUAAGAGAAUCUAUUUUCCAAUUACUGGAGACGUUUUUAUCUGGAAAAAAGCCUUACAUGUUUGAAAGGUUUGUCACCGGAACUUUGUGCCAAGUAUCAAGCAAUACAUACGGGAUACGGACUUCAUAUGCUUAUCCAUACCGAUUUUUGCCUUUCACCCGAAUAAACAGUGAUGGUGAUAUCAAAAAUACUAUUGCAGGUGAUGGUAGUUAUUUGGUAUUUAUUCAGAAAGGGAAGCCAGUUCCAACAAAAGGGUUUAUAAUUCAAAUCAAUGAACCUGAAGAUAUCGAUUUAGGAAUUCUUCAAAUGGAAAGUUCAACCAGUACUGUUCCGGAUAAGUAUACUCUAUUGCACGGCGACACUCCUGGUGUUACUUAUGAAAUAUUCUCCACUAAUUUGACGUAUGAUUGUAUAAGUACAUUUGUGGUAGAAUAUGAGCAGAUUAGCAAUAACUUAUCUGUCAAAUUAUCAAGAGGAUGUAUGGGCAAUAUCCAUGAUAUUUAUAGACCUUAUUACGCAACCGAAAAUAUAAUCGAGCCAUUGACACUCGCUUAUAUUUAACCUAUCACUGCUUCAAUAAAAUUAUAUAUUAUACACAACAAAUAAAAACCAUCUCUUAUUUGGAUCGAUUUACUUUAAACAACAACUCUGACAAACAAUAAUUCGACUACUCUAAAUAACUAAUUGUAAUAAGACAU